AUGUCUUCCGGACAAGCCUACCAACCCCCCACCCAAUCCAGCGGCUUCGCGACCGGGUACGCCGCAGGCGACGCCUCCGCCGGUCCGCUGGUCCAGUACGUGUGCGGCGAGUGCAACACCAAAGUGAGUCUGGGAAGAGGCGACGUCAUACGGUGCAGCAUGUGUGGGCACCGAGUGCUGUACAAGGAGAGAACGAAGCGGAUGGUGCAGUUUGAGGCGCGAUGA